AUGCAAGUCCAAAUCCAUGAAACCAAACUCAUCCAACCCUCGACGACACCCCCUCUCGCUCAAGACCGGGUCCUCCCCCUCUCGCACCUCGACGCCGAUCCCAAUCUCGACGUCACGUUCCGUUACCUCCGCGCCUACGUAAAUGCCGACCAAACGAAGCAUGCCCGCGAUCCAUACCAUGUCGUCUCUAGAGCGCUGUCUCGUGCGCUUUGUUACUACUACCCUCUGUGCGGCACGCUUCGCCGCGGCAAUAAUGACCGGUGCGGCCUCGAGCUACGCUGUGCCGCCGGCCAAGGCAUGCCGCUCAUUCACGCCACCGCCAAUUGCACUCUCCAUGCGGUCAACCAACUCGAUGAUGCGGAGUCGGGUUUCCUGGAGCGGCUGAUACCCGACCCGGAUCCGGAGGAGAGUUUGGUCAACCCGUGCAUGCUCCAAGUCACGGUGUUCGAAUGCGGGGGGUUUAGCUUAGGCGCCGCCAUACACCACGCCAUGUGUGACGGGCUCGGGGCGACCCUGUUCUUCGGGGCGGCGGCGGAGCUAGCUCGUGGGGCGGAGCGAGUUUCCAUCGAGCCGGUGUGGGACCGGGAUGUCUUGCUGGGGCCGAGGAGUCCGGUCCGGGUCGAGGCGCCAGUUGGGGAUUACUUGUGCGAGAAGGGUCGUGACCCGUACGAUGAUGAAGAGGAUUGUGCGUUUGUGAGGGAGUUUUUCCAUGUGAGGGAGGAGUGGUUGGACCGGCUCAAGGCGUUGCUGUUGGAGAAUUGUGGCCAGAGGUUCACCACGUUCGAAGCUUUGGGUGCAUUCAUUUGGCGUGCAAAGGUCAAGGUAUCAGACAUUCCGGGCGACGAAACGGUGAAAUUCUCGUACUCGACGAACAUCCGCAAGCUGCUGAAACCGCCAUUGCCGGUCGGCUACUGGGGCAACGGAUGUGUCCCGAUAUACGUCCAGCUAACGGCGAGAGACUUGCUGGAAAAGCCAAUUUGGGAGAUCGCAGAGCUGAUCAGGAAGAGCAAGCGCAAUGCAAGCGAUGAGUACGUGCGGUCAUACAUUGACUUUCAAGAGGCACAUCGAAGAGAAGGCGUCUCGGCUGGCAAGAAUGUGAGUGGAUUCACAGAUUGGAGGCAUUUGGGGCACUCGACGGUGGAUUUUGGGUGGGGAGGACCGGCCAACGUGUUGCCCCUCUCGAGGAAGCUCUUGGGAAGCAACGAGGCUUGCUUCUUCUUGCCUUGUUCUGAGGCUGGACUUGGAGAUCCGAGCGAUGGCUUUAGGAUCUUGGUGAAUUUGAAGGAAAAGUGCUUGUGUGGUUUUAGGGAGGAGAUGGAGAAGCUUGGGAAGAUGGAGUUUGGGUUUGCUUGAUGUCAAGCAAAGAUGCUUUAGUGGCUAUUUCACUGCAUGUAUGUGGAAGUUGGUUUUGUACUUUGGAGGAAGUUCCUAUUCCAAGUUUGAUCUAUUUCUCAUUUCAUGUCAAGAAUUUAUUGUGAUUGCUACACUAUUUAUGUGUCGAAGAAAGUGAGGGUAUUACAUGUUAAAA